CAUGUUAAUCAAGUUGACGUUGGUUCUCUAUGCCACGGACAACAAGGCGCACUUCUCAAGAUGGACUCGAGACGAAAAAGUGUGGACCAAGCGUUCAAAAUGUUCGAAGUUCACGGGGACAGUGAGUAUCUGGGAGAAGCAGUGUCCAAAACUCAGCACAGCUUACAAUGUGCCAGGUUAGCGGAAAAGGAGCGCAGAAAGCCUGAGGUAGUACUCGGGGCCCUGUUUCACGACAUCGGCCACCUGGUGGGACUGGACAAAGGAUUGGACAGGAUGGUGACGGGAGGUGUGGACCUGGGGGCCAAGAACCACGACACCGUCGGCGAAGAAUUCCUCAAGAACCUCGGCUUCCCGUCUCCUAUCACAGACUUUGUGAAGGGACAUGUUCAGGCCAAGAGGUAUCUGGUCGCGAAAAACAAAGAGUACUACAACAGCCUAUCAGAAGCUAGCAAGCUGACGUUGCUCCACCAGGGCGGGCCAAUGACAGAGGACGAGGCUCAGACAUUCGAGAAGCAUCCUCAAUUUGAGGACCUUGUGAAAAUGAGGACAUGGGAUGACCUAGCCAAAGACCCCGGAUGCGAGACUGAGCCGAUGGAAAAGUACCAAGAAAUGGCGUACAACUACUGUACCAAUUAUGGCUCAAACUUCAUGUGAAACUUUCAGGAGACGGCGUUCUCCUAUACUGUACCAAGAUCCUCUAAGUGACACGAUGUCUUAUGAUGCCAAAAGCUUAUUUUUUUUUCAUCCAGACGCUUUGCGGGAAGAAAAUGAAUACAGGUGCUAGAAGUGACUACUUCCAGAUUCCUGAAAUUAACCUUUACAGUACAGAAGGCCUAUGUCUGGACUCAGUUUGUGGUCUUCAAAUCUCAAAGUGAGCAUUGACAUGUAAAACAGACUGAAUGACUGAAAGUAAAAGAGUUCAGACUGAAUGACUGAAAGUAAAAGAGUUUAUUUUCAUUGUACCACUAAGAAUAAUUUCUUGCGCUUUUUUUAGUUUUAUCCUUCAGCAUUAGUGACAUGUCUUUCGGUUGACUGAAAAGUCACAGUGUAUGCUUCGCUUACACUCCACUUCGCACACAAAUUCACUUCUCACAAAACAGAGAAACCCACAUUUUCGAAGAAAUGUCUCCGUACUGCAUUUCACGAAAGUAGUCCGUAUGGCCUUUCAACUGGUUGUGCUACAGGUAUAUAUGCAUGAAAGUUAAUAUACACCCGUACAGACAACGGCUCUCCCAAUAGAAUUAAUAUGAACCAUGCAGGUUUUUUAAGCCACACAUAAGGUCAGUAACGGAUUUACAGCUCAAUUAGCCAAGUGACCGCUGGUCAAGAUUGCGAACGGCUGUCACAUUUCACAAAAUAAAAGUGUUU